AUUCGAAGAGUCGGUUCGUUCGGCUCAUCCCUGCAGUUCACCACUGUGUAGUUUAGCGUUAGCUUCUGCUUGAGCAAAUAUGUUCAUUUGGAGAAGGGUCUGAGAUGGAGUUCUUCCCCAGUUCAGCGAGAAUAAUCCGGAAUAUUUACCAGCCCGCUUUAAAAUCCGGUCUUUUUAGCUUCAGGCUAUGAAAGCCCAUGGAGCUGAUUGGGUUGCUAACUGGGUUAGCUAGCUAGCGAGCUAGCGGCCGAGCUAAUCGCUAGGCUAGACAGGAGUGUCUAGUGGGGCUUGUCUCUGGAUGUGUGUUUGGUUCGGAAACUUUGAUAAAAGAAGACUGUAAUGGUUAGGGUUUGUUGGAGUCGGUUCCAGGAAGGUUUUACACUUCUUUCCAUUUCAGAGUGUCAGUCUGAGCUGCUCUGUUUUCCAUUUAUUAGCUGUUUGGCUAACUAGUAAUUAGCUAGCUAGGUUAGCUAACGUCAGUGUAAAUUGUUCCCUGACUGACAGGCUGAUCUCUCUCUUUAUUUACCUACAACUCAUCGAUUUACUGAAUUUGACAGAUAAAUAUCUGGGGUUUAUUUAUGUGCUGUGACCGUGAGUCAGAAGCAGAAGUUGCCCCUGGUUUACUGGUGUAGCCGGGUUGUGAGGAGAGAGGUUGUAGUGAGGAUUAAUUCGGUUAAUGGGGAGCAGUGUGGAGAGUGGGACACAGGACUGUUUUAGGGGUUUUGCCAUGUUGCUGCCAGCACUUCUCUUUAGUGGCCUUGUGUGUGGGGUUGUUGCUCAAGAUGGCCCGUCCAUGUCUACUGAAGAAAAAGCCCAAAUCAGGGAACAAGUUCUGGAGAUGUUUGAUCAUGCCUAUGGGAGUUACAUGAAAUAUGCAUACCCAGCAGAUGAGCUGAUGCCUCUAAGCUGCCGAGGGCGAGUUCGAGGACUGGAGCCCAAUCGUGGGGACAUUGAUGACUCUCUGGGAAAAUUCUCUCUCACACUGAUUGACACCUUAGACACACUAGUGCUGCUAAACAGGCUGGAGGAGUUUGAGGAGGCUGUUAAAAAGACUGUUAAAGAUGUACGACUGGACAAUGAUAUAGUGGUGUCUGUCUUUGAGACCAACAUUCGUGUUCUGGGUGGGCUGUUAGGAGCUCAUGUGAUGGCUGAUCUGCUGAAGCAGAGGGGAGAGAGGAUGCAGUGGUACAGGGAUGAGCUGCUCCACAUGGCCAAAGACCUGGGCUACCGCCUACUGCCUGCCUUUAAUACCACCAGUGGCCUUCCUUAUCCAAGGGUAAACCUGCGCUAUGGGGUUGUGAAUCCUCUCUCGCGCACGGGCACUGAGACCGAUACCUGCACUGCCUGUGCUGGGACCAUGAUCCUAGAGUUUGCAGCACUCAGCCGACUUUCUGGAGUUUCAGUGUUUGAGGAGCAUGCUCGGAAAGCCCUCGAUGUUCUCUGGGAGAAAAGGCAGAGAGGGAGUGACCUUAUGGGCACAGUCAUUAACAUUCAUAAUGGAGACUGGGUCCGCAGGGAUAGUGGUGUUGGUGCUGGGAUAGACUCAUACUAUGAAUACUUGAUGAAAGCAUACAUUCUGCUGGGAGACAACGUUUACCUUGAGAGGUUCAAUACUCACUACAGUGCCAUUAUGAAGUACAUCAGCCAGCCUCCCCUGCUGCUCAACGUGCACAUGCACAAUCCCACAGUGAACGUGCGCAGCUGGAUGGACUCGCUACUGGCCUUCUUCCCUGGGCUGCAGGUUUUAAGGGGAGAUUUAAAGCCUGCCAUAGAAACCCAUGAGAUGCUCUAUCAAGUCACAAAGCAGCACAAGUUUCUACCUGAGGCGUUCACUACUGAGUUCAGAGUUCACUGGGGCCAACACCCUCUGAGACCAGAGUUUGCUGAGAGCACUUAUUUUCUUUACAAGGCUACAGGUGACCCAUACUACCUGAAAGUGGGCCAGUCCAUCGUGGAGAAGCUCAACACACAUGCACGGGUCCCCUGUGGCUUUGCUGCAGUGCAGGAUGUACGAACAGGCACACAUGAAGACAGGAUGGAUUCUUUCUUUCUAGCUGAAAUGUUUAAGUACCUCUACCUGCUUUUCUCUGAGAAGAGCCACUUGCCUUUUGAUAUAGAUGACUACAUCUUCACCACCGAGGCCCACCUGCUUCCAGUCUCCCUGUCCACCGCACAGCCUCCCUGUGAAGGCAACAACACGGACCAACACACUGCUCAAGAGGAGGACCUGUUUACACAUUCCUGCCCCAGUGCUCAGACCUUGUUUCCCAACAACCCCUCCUUUGCCAAGACCAUCAGGGAUGGAUAUAAAUACCUCACAGGGGUGGGCAGAGCGCCCCAUGGGCCUUCAGUCAGAGGAAUUGAGCUGCCUCUUCAUGACACUGGUAUAGAACCAUUGGAGUUCCUGAAGAGCAUGGGCAUCUCUCUGACCCCUCUCACCGACAUGGCAGCCCGUAGUGUUUCGAAAUCCCAGGACUCUCAGAAAGGUGUGUAUAGAGUGAAGCUGGUUGCUGAGGUGAGCCACACGCCUGAAGAAGAUGAGGUUGUGCCACUAAUUGUGCAGCUCAUCUCUCCCCCGUUUUUGGGAAGAACAGUUCUGACAGCUGGACCAGCCAAAUUUGGAAUGGAUCUCACGAAGCAGGAGCACGGGGUAAAGGGAAGCAUAGUGAAGAGUGUUCCAUACACAGCCUGUGGCCACAUAGAGAAUACACUACAGCUGCAGGGACACAUCGCCCUGGCCCUGAGAGGCGACUGUAUGUUUGCUGCCAAAGCCAGACGUCUGCAGGAAGCAGGGGCCAUUGGCAUCAUUUUUAUCGACCAGCGAGAGGACAGCAGCAGUGCUGAGACGCCUUUGUUCCAGAUGGUGGGAGAUGGGGAGUCUACAGAGGACAUCACAGUGCCACUGGUCUUUCUGUUCAGCAGAGAAGGAGCUGUUUUAACUGCUGCUCUGCAGGAGCACCACAAUGUGGAUGUCCUGCUGCUACCCAAAGAGAGACAGCUUGGAAAGGAGAAAUCAGAAAAGCUGAACAUAAAGUUCCGGCUGGCCAAGGAGGGGGAACUGGAGGAGAACGAGGCAGACAGCACUACAAUCCGGCUGGUACUGGAGGGUGAUGUGGACCCUGAGGCUGAACCAGAGACCUCAGAAGUGGUGCCACCAACCAUCUGCGAUGCAGCCUCUGCUGGGGUGGAACACCAGGAGCCUUGCACUGUGGAGCAAAAAGACCCAGAAAGCACCUCAUGAUGUUGGGUUUGGUCUGGUACCUCAUCUCACUGACUCACAUCAGGGCUGCUAAUGCUGCUACUGCUGGCCUGUGGCUGAUCCAGGGUCAGAGAAUACGGCAAGAAACAUGGCAAGAAAUGCCCUCGCUGCCGUCUUCAGAGGUGGAGCGAUCCAAACAUGGUUAUACACCAACUCUCCUGCAGAUGGUCCGACUGCUUUUCCCCUCUGGUACAGAUGUUGACUCUGUGUGUAGUUUGUAGUUAUUUGGGCUGUGUAUAGGGUGGUGGUGGGUAUGUGAAUAGGCUGAAUAGGAGGGGUAGGCAAAGCUGUAGUCUUACUCCCUGCUGUUCGGCCAUGCCCUGAGUAUGCUGCGGUGAUUGGUUAUGAUUGAUAAAUUGGUUGGUGGUUAACGGGUGGAAAAGCCUAUGGUGGUGUGUUGAUAGUUCAGAGGGGCACAGUGGGCAGCCUGAUACAGUAGGCCACACUCUCAGGUCAGAACACAUUAUUCCAUUGUUUAUUAUUGUUAAUAUUGGUAUGAUUGAUUUAUUAUUUCUGUUUUUUAUAUAUUUUUAUUUUUUUGCUGUUAGCGUAUGUAUCUCUUCUGAUUAGAGUUUCUGGUAGCACCAGUGGGUUCAUUCUUUUUUAUUUUCUUAUUUUAAGUGCUUAAAGUCUCUGAAUUGUUCUUAAACAUCUCACUUAUGACCAAACCUGAGAGCAGUAUUGUGUAAAUAGGGAACACAGUAAUUAUUUAGGGAAGAAUGGGCCAGUUUUUGUAAUUGUUCUUCAACAUCAGGGAAUUUCAAGUGCUAAGACUUGAACAUGUGUGCAGAUAUGUGUUCACAAUCAAGUAUGAGAUCAUCCGUGAAAGGCCUGUUAGUACACUACAUACUGUUGUUUGUGCCAACACUCGAGUGUGUGUGAGUGUGGGUUUUGGGAUUGUGUGUGUGUGUGUAUGUGUGUGUGACUCUUUGAGUCUGUUUAUACCUGGCUUUUGGUGAACAGAAUAAGAUUAACUUGAUCAGACUCUUGUCAGAUAAGCAGAAAUGUGUGUCUCAUUAUAUGAUUGUUUAUUAGGGCUGUGGAUUGGCAAAAACUUGUUAAUACAAAACGAAUUAUUAGGCAAUUUUAGAGAAAAAAAAAGUUUACUUUUUAUCCAAUCAGAACAGUGGGAUCUGGACACAAAAUACAAGUGAGGGUGGGAUUUAAACACAUCACUAAAUGAAAACACUUUUGACACCAAUCUUAACAUCUAAACUAAUAAUUAAAAAUCACUUUUUAUAUUUUUAUGAAUUGAUAUCAUUGUAAAGUAUAAUAUUACCACACUUCACUAUAUUACCUUCACCCUCUACUAUUUGGCUGAUACUGAACUCUGUGUCUGUCUGUCUGUGCAUGUGUGCACUACUAGUGGAAGAGUGCAGUGUUGCCAUAGUAAAUUUUGUUUCUGUGCAGUUUAAAUAAUCUUUUGUAUUUUCUGAUGGAACAUUACAGAAAUGCAAGAACCAUCUUAAUUAUUGUUCCACCAGGAGCAAUAUGCAUUUAUGUAUAUUAGUUUUUUUUAUUCACAGGAAGUAAAAUUGCAUAUCAUCUGGUUACACUGGGGACACAUUUUAAUUAGGGAUGGGACAAAAUAUGGAUAUUAUUAUUAUAGAUACGUCACUUUAGAUAUUGAUAUUUGUUUACUGAAAUAUAGGUUCAAUUGAAUAGGGUGAACCUGCAGUAAAUGUAUAGAAUAUUAGUGGUGAUUUUCUGUGCAAUUGACACCAAUAAAUCCAUAAUUCCUGGUUGCUUAUUUAGGAGUAUUUUAUCCUCAUUAGUAAAACUGUAUGCUGUGAAGUAUCGUAGAGAAUUGUCUUGUGAUACAUCGAGUAUCACAGAAUCACAAUAUCAUGAUCUCUUUAUCGUGGGCAACAUAUUGUGAUACUCCUAAUUUAAAUUACUUAAACAGUAUAAACAGUCCAGUUAAAGUUUAUCCAGAUACUGUUUCAAUACAAAGAAAUGCAUUUAUUCUAAUGCCAGGUAUAAACAGGCUCUUUCACAUUCUACAAAUGCAGUAGUCCCACUUGUACAGGUUUAAUGCUAAAGGGGUGUUUUUAGUGAUUAGGUAAACAACGAUAGCUUCGAGAGCUUCAGUUUUCAUCAUCAGUCCUUCAUAUUUUCCAUAUUUUUGUUUGUACAGUAUGCAGGUGUUCUGUGAAUCAUUAUAAUUUUAGUCUGUUGAAUGAGAGAAAAUCAGACAUGAACAUUCAAAAUCAUCAGCAGUCACUAACCUCACAUCUUCUCCGCCAAGUUCUUUUCAUACCAGCCUUGCACUUUGGCACAUAGACACUUUUCCUGUAGACAAACAAAGUAAGGUGGGUUUGUAGUGGCGGCUUUUCCUUUAUUUUUGAUGUAAAGCGCCUUGUGGACCUGGCUAGGAACUAACUAACUCACUGUCCUUCUUGCUCACUGUUUCACUCACUCCUGUUGAACAGGCUGAAGUUCUGAUCAUUCUCCACUAGGGGGUGCUGUUAGUAUUCAGAUAACUUUAGGAGCUGAGUAUCACUGACACUGUGUGUCUGUUAUGGAUUUCAAAGCAGGGUUUCACAUUUAUUGCUUAGUAAAACAAAUUCUUCCUCAUAUCCCAAUCAUAAGUGUAAGAGUUCUCGCUCACUGUAUUUCCUGAUGUGCUGCCGUUCCUUUCCUAGGAGUAAGAACUUUAAUUUUACUGUAUAAGGUAGGACUGCUCCAGUUCUGUUAUUUUUUACUUGCUCCUCACCCACACCCAUAUAGAGCCCCAUAAAGUCAUUCAUCUAAAACGUUUUUUACAAUUUUAAACAGAAAUUGACUGAAUAUGACCUGUAGAUGAGUAGCAGUUAAAUGUAUUUCUGGCACUUUAACACAUCACAUAAGAUCAACUGAGGAGUUAUUGUUAUUAUUAUUUUAUAUUAAUGGUAAUCGCGGAUGGCGGCUGUGCAUCAUUUUUGUCUCCAGUUUUCUCCUCAAUAGAAGUUCAACCUGUGUACCUCUAAACAAGGGCUUGCUGAUUAACCAUUUCACUACCCAGAGCCGAUACAGUGGCUUUAUAUUUAUUUCUUAAUAUAUUUUAUAUAUACUUGAAAUGAUCUGUCUGCCAUUUGAGGAUAUUGAUUUUAAAGAUGGAGCACUGAAGUGCCAGUGUGAUGUUCUAGAGCUGUAAUAGAGAUUCACAUGUGUAGUGUCUUGGCUGAGGACUGAAGAAAGAUCAGGCCUUGCCACCAAUAAAUCAAGUUAUGAAGCCA